CGGUCUCUGCUUCUCUUUCCUCUGUCCGGUAAUGGAGCUCUGCUAGAAAGACAUUUAAAACACAGCUGCACCUCCUUCUCUCCUAAAAACACGAUACGACCUCCAGUCAGGAGCCAAGAAACCAGCUUUAUUACAAACACAUAGUUCAAGAUGCCGGUGGCUGUAGGUCCGUAUGGCCAGACCCAGCCCAGCUGUGUUGAUCGGGUCAAAAUGGGCUUCAUGAUGGGGUUCGCAGUAGGAAUGGCUGCUGGUGCCAUGUUCGGCACGUUCUCCUGUCUCCGGAUCGGCAUGCGAGGCAGGGAGCUAAUGGGAGGAGUAGGGAAGACCAUGAUGCAGAGCGGAGGGACGUUCGGUACGUUCAUGGCCAUCGGUAUGGGAAUCCGCUGCUGAGGAGGAGAACGAGAUCGACCGCUUCCACCUCCACUCAACUACACAUCUAUGGGACUUUUCCAAUAAUUACAACCACAGUUCUUUGUCCGCUCAAACUCUGUCACAUCCUCAACCUGCAGUCUAGUUUUGUCAAUAAAAGUUCAGAUUUGUCAAAUGGG